UUCAUCCAGAGUGGAGAAAAAAAUUAAGAAUAGGGUUAAAGAAAGGAAAGAAAGAGUUAAAGAGCGGCGAUUCAGGGAGGGGGCAAGGAUGCAUUGAAGGCCACAUCCCCAUCCCAUGCCUUGGCUUUCCUAAAGUGAGGGUUCCCCCAAAUUUGGCGAGUCAGGGCAUGUUUGUGGGGCUGCGCGCGGCGCUGCCGGGGAGGACGGACGGACGGAUGCUGCAUACCAAUAGGUCCCAUGACUUUCCAGGCUUGUUUAAGGCCUUUCUUGCUCCUGCCUCACCCUGCCCAGCUGGUUUUCCCACUCUCCCCUCCUCUUCAAUAUGGGGUUUGUUUGCUGUCGAUGAUGGUAUCCGUAUGAGGGGCUCACGGAUGGGACCUCUGGGAUGUCAGGUGGGGGAUGCUGAGGUAUUUUGGGGAGGGAGAAUGUUUUGGGGAGUCUCCUCCCCCAGAAAAUCAUGUUUUUACUUUUUUCCCUGCCUUUUUUGGCUUAAAACCAAUGAUGAGGAGCAAUGCACGUGCACAGACUCCCGUGAUGCAGUUUUGCAUCUGAGGGGGCUUUGUCUGGACAGGAGCAUCCAGUGGAGAUGGAGGUGGGAUACAAAACACUCCCCCCCACCAUUUUGGGGGUAAUUAAGGUAUCUUUGCAAAGCAUUGCACUGAUCCGAGCACUGGCACCUCUCACUCCCCAGGCAGCUUUUGCAGGGCAAUGAUACAACUUUGCCAAGGGUUGCCUCCCACCCCCUGCAUUUUUACGAGUGAUGUGUGCAUUUUUGCACAGGGUUGCAAGGACCUGGCUGCAGGAGCACUCCCCCUGCAUUUUUGAGGGUGAUAGAUGAAUUUCCAUAAAGCGUUGCAUUGACCCAGGUGCAGGAGAGCUCCUGCCCAAGCCCUGCACAUUUUGGGGGCACCACAUGCAUUUUUGCAGAACCCAGGAAGAGGCGGUAUGCUGUCCACACCUCCUCCUUGCAUAUUUGGGGUGAUGCAUGCAUUUUUGCAAAGAGUUGGUUACAUUGACCUGGCUGCAGGAGCACCCCACCCCCAAUGCAGCUUUGGGGGUGAUAAUGCAUCUUUGCAGGGGGUUGCAUUGACCCACCUCCCAUGCCCAAAGCAAUCUGGGGGGCGAUUCCUUGAUUUUUACCACACGUUGCAUCGAUCUGAGUGCAGGAAGGCUCCUAUCCCUCAUGCACUUUUGGGGUCAUGCGUGCAUCUUUGCAAAGGUUGUGGAACCAAGCUGGGCACCUUGGGGGUGCUCAGCACAGCUCCAGCUUGGGGUUUCCCUGUUCUCUCCACGCUCGGCACCCCACUGUCUCUCCCCACGCCCCAAGGUCUGCUGGCAGGGGUGAACAUCACCAGCCCCACGCCCCUGGUCCGCGGCACGGCGGGGAAGGCGGCGCUGCUGUCGGUGCGCUACGCCAGCGCCAGCGCCGACAAGCCGGUGGUCAAGUGGCAGCUGAAGAGGGACAAACCCGUCACCGUGGUCCAGUCCAUCGGCACCGAGAUCAUCGGCAACCUACGGCCCGACUACCGCGACCGCAUCCGCGUGCUGGAGAACGGCUCCCUGCUCAUCAGCCCCCUGCAGCUGGCUGAUGAGGGCGCGUACGAGGUGGAGGUGUCCAUCACCGACGACACUUUCACCGGCGAGAAGACCAUCAACCUCACCGUGGACAUUCCCAUCUCAAAGCCACAAGUGCUGGUGGCUUCCUCAACGGUGCUGGAGCUCAGUGAGUUCUUCACCCUCAACUGCUCACAUGAGAAUGGCACCAAGCCCACCUACACGUGGCUGAAGGAUGGGCGGCCGCUGAGCAACGACUCCCGCCUGCUCCUCUCCCCUGACCAGAAGAUCCUCACCAUCACCCGUGUUCUCAUGGCUGACGAUGACGUCUACAGUUGCUUGGUGGAGAACCCCAUCAGCCAUGGCCGCAGUAUCCCCGUGAAGCUCACUGUUUACCGCCGGAGCUCUCUCUACAUCAUCCUGUCCACGGGCGGCAUCUUCCUUCUUGUCACCCUGGUGACAGUUUGUGCCUGCUGGAAACCCUCCAAGAAGGAGAAGCGACAAGCGGAGACACAACCAAACCCUGACUAUGCCGAGCAGGAUGAGGAGCGCCUGAAGCACGAGGGUGAGUGCUGGGCUCAGCGUGGUGCUGGUGGGUUGGGGGAACACCAAUGCUGCAGGCAUGGUGAGCAGCACCUUGCUUCCACAGCCGAAGGCAUCCCGCGGAGCGGCGAGCACGAGCGCAAGAACCCAGUGGCUUUGUACAUCCUUAAAGAUAAGGACUCGCCAGAGGCGGAGGAGGAUUCACUGCCCGAGCCCCGCGGCACAGUCGAACCAGGCUACACCAGCUCGCCAGUACCGGCAGCCGGACGCUCUCCAGGACCAGUGGGGCGUUCGACUCGCCGCUACCACCGCUCCCCGGCUCGCUCACCCGCCUCGACGCGGACCCACAGGUCGCCCCCGGCUCCGCCGGCGCGCUCCCGCGGCGCUCCGCGGCUGCUGCGGACUGCCGGCGUGCACGUCAUUCGCGAGCAGGAGGAGGCCAACGCCGUGGAGAUCAGUGCCUGAGCAGGGGGGACUGUGCGCGCUUUGGUGGCAGCGUGCAAGCCAGCAGGGACACGAGCACGGCCACCCUUCCGCCACCGAGCAAGCGGGGACACCGGCACAGCCUGCUCCCACCACUGGGUGUCAUUCCGCUCGGCGUAAAGUCACUAAUUUCCUAUUGAUCCCACCCAGAGCUCCCCUCUUCCGUCCCCCAUCUUCCUGGGGCAUCGCUUUAAUGGCUUUCUCGCCGGGACGAGCGUGCAGGGAGCGUGCAGAAAGCACACACGUGUGCAGAGAGAACAUGCAAUCGUUGCACGGAGAGAGUGUGUCAGAGUGUGUGCGUGGAGCGUGCAGAGAGAGCGCUGGAGCACUGCACAGGGAAAGCUGCAUGGAGCGUGCAGGAGGGCACGUGCACUGUGCACAUAGCGUGCAUAGGGGCAGGCACGAGGGUGUGCAGCAGGUGUGCACACAGUGUGCAAAGGGAUGCACAGAGAAUGCAAGACAAGGUGUGGAGCCCGUGGAGAGAACACACGGAGGGUGCAGCUAAGACUGCACAGUGUGUGCAGAGCGUGUGUGGUGUGUGUGCAGUGUCCACUGAGCCUGCACGGCCCUUUGUGAGCGUGCCAGCACUGGGUGUGUGUUCCAAGUGUGCACAGAGCAUGCAGAGAGAGUCCAUGCAGAGAGCACCUGUGCAUGGAGCGUGUGGGGUGAACACGCACACAGCAUUUGUGUGGGACGUGCACACAGCCUGUGGCGAGUGUGCAAAGAGCGUGAGCACAGAGGGUGUGUGGAGUGCUCGCACGAGGCACACACAGAGCGUGCAUGGUGUGCGUGGAAAGUGUGCACAAAGCCAGCAGCUAAGUGUGCUCAGAGUGCCUAAGAGUGAGCCUGCAGUGCUGGCACAGGGCAGGCAUGGAGCCUGCAGUGAGUGUGCAAAGCGUGCGUGUGCUGUGCUUGCACAGAGCGUGUGUGGCACAUGUGGAGAGAGUGAGCACAAAGCAGCUGAGCAUGUUUGGAGCGUGCACAUGCACACGGGGAGCACACGCACUGCACGCCCAGCCACCCUACGUGCACAUGUGUGUGUAAGAGCACAGUGCCCGCGUGCUGUGACACACCCCCAUGCAUGGAGCAGGACAUGCACUGGCACACAAGCUCGCCCAAGGGCACAACAUGCACCAGGCGGUCUAAAUAGGGGGGUCCCUCCUUCCCCCCAGCUCCCCAGCUGCAAUGGCCCCUAAACGUGGGCUGGAAGCCCUGGCCCAAGCAUUGCCCCUUUGCCACGGUAGGAUUUUCUGUGAAAAUCCCCCCGUUUGGGGGCACACAAUGCUGUCUGUCCCCAAGACUUCAUGGGAAAUAGGUUUAGGAUGAAAAGCAGAGAGCGGCCGGCCAAGUGAGCCGGGCUCUGGGGCACCCGGGGUGGGUGCCGGGGCACCCUGGAGUGUUCAGGGUGCACUACUAACCAAUAAACUAAACGUACUACCCGUCUGGUGGUGGCACCCUUGGGUGUCUUGGGUGACAGGGGUCCCCCAGGGUGGGGGAACACAUGAGAAGUGGCUGACAGGUAAGACCACACAAACCCGAUGCACCUGGCUGGCACUCAAACUGGCACUUGAAGUGCUUGGGAGGCCUUGGACUGCUCCCUCUGGUACCUACUGAUGGUGUCCUCAGCUGAGAGCCCAUUUCUUCUUCAUUUGUCUUCCUCUGAACAUGGCGAAGGAAAAGGGGAAUUCAUUCUGACUAAUUAAAUUCAUUAACCGCUGGUGUCCCCCACUCUGCUG